AAUUUUAUUAAAACACACAAAUAAUUUUAUAUAUAUAAACUUUAAAAUCUAUUUUAUUCAUUUAUAGAAACAAUAAUAAAUAUUGAUGUGGAAUUUAAUUUUAUCAUUAUUAUUUAAUUUUCAAAAAAUAAUAAUAAAAUAUAUGGAAAUACAAUAAAACUUCAUUUUUUCAUCUAUCUAUAAUAAUAAAAACAAUAACAGUAGUAAUAAAUACAACAGUAUAGAAUAAAAUAAAGACUCAUAAUUGAAUAUUUUUUAAUAACAAUAAAAUAAAAAAAAAAAUCAAUUUAGAAAUUUAAAUAUAAAUUUUUUUUUUUUUUUUUGUAAAUAAUCACCAAAAUAUAUGUAUAAUAAACAUCAGAUUUUUUAAUAGAAUGAGCAGUCCAAGUCCUUCACCACUAACAACAGAAGAGGAUCCUCAUCACUUUAGCAAUAAUUUAAAUAACAAUACUAGUAUAAAUAAUAUAAACAAUACAAAUAUAAAUAAUGAAAAUAUUAUUGAAGAAAACAACAUCAAUAUAAAUAUAAAUAGCAGUAAUAGUAGUUUAAAUAAAAAUAUAAAUAAAGAAGAAAUUGAAAAUAAUAACAGUAAUAUUAGUAAUAAUAAAAUUUCUUUUGAUAAUAUAAUAAAUGAAAAGCAAGAAAGUAACAAUAAUAUUAAUAGCAAUCUAACUGAUAAUGAUAGUGAUGAUAGUAACAUGUCAUCAUCCUCAUCACCCCAAACUUCAAUACCAAUGCAACACCAAAAUAAAACAAGAAAACAAAGUAAUAAUAAUUUUCAAUAUAUCACUGAUAAUAACUCUAUAGCAUCUUCAUCAUCAAACAUUAAUAGCCCAGCUGGUCUUGUACAGACACCUUAUACACCAGAUGGUAUAACUAUCAAACGUCCAAUAAUGUCAUCAAGCAAUUUAGAACGAAAAAAAUCAUUUUUUACAGAGGAUGGGGAUGAUAAAAAUAUUCAUGAAAAAGAUACCAAUUUAAAAUCAACAACCUUUUCACCAAAGCUAAGUUCAAGGGCAAUUACACCUCCAAAAAAACCUUCAAUGUUUCCCUGUUUAGUUAUUGUAUUAUUUGAAAUUUUAAUUGGUUUGGGUACUGUUUAUCCCUUAGUAAUAGGUAUAAUAAGAAGUCAUACAACUCUUUUAAUAUAUGGCUGUUUUGGUGCCAUUUUUUUUGUAUUUGCUGUAUCUGGUUUUCUUUCUCUUUUAAAUUUAAGACCAACUUUAUUAAAAAUUUAUUAUUAUUGGAAAUUUGCCUCUCUAGGUUUUAUCAUUUUAGUAACCAUUGCAGUUGGACUAUUGUCUUAUUAUGACGAACCAUUAGUCUCGUCAUGGUGGGCAAGUUUAAUAUUGGCAAUAGGUAUUGCAAUACUUUUUUAUAUGUGGACGAUUACUUGUAUACUAUGGGUAAAGCCAUUUAUUAAAGAAAUUAGAUCUGUUGAGUCAGUGGUUCUUAAAGAGAUUGUAGAUGAAGAAAAUACUAAGGAUGUCUCUAGUGAAUUAGAAAUUGACCAAUUGGAUCAACUUACAACAAAGCCUCAAUAUGGUAUUGUUCAACCUGAAGAGCCAUUAAGAAUAGCAAUGAGAAAAUUCAAUAAAAAUCCAGAUACUGGAAUUCAAUUUAUAACAGAAAAAAAUAUAUUGGAUCAAACCCCCUAUAAAGAUAUUGUUACAUUUCUUUAUCAUGUAGAUGGACUAAACAAAGUAAAAGUUGGUGAUUAUUUAGGUGAAAAUAAUCCUUUUAAUAUAAAUAUAUUACAACAGUUUGUAGAACUAUAUAAUUUUUAUAAUAAAGAUUUUGAUGAAUCUUUAAGAGAGUUUUUAUCAAAGUUUAGAUUGCCUGGGGAAGCUCAAAAAAUAGAUAGAAUUAUGGAAUCGUUUGCAAAGAAAUACCAUAAAGAUAACCCAGGUACAUUCCCAGAUUCAGAUACAGCUUAUUUAUUAGCAUUUUCAUUAAUAUUAUUAAAUACCGAUGCUCACAAUCCAGCAAUUAAAAACAAAAUGACAAAGAAAUCAUUUGUUCAGAAUAAUACUGGCUUCAAGGGUAAAAAAGAUCUUCCAAUUGAAUAUCUAGAAAAUCUUUAUGACCGUAUUAUUAAUAGUGAACUUAAAAUGUCGGAUGACUCCUUAUUCUCAAAUGCUCAAAUUAAAGGUUGGUUAUUCAAAAUGACUUCAAAUGAAAAGAAAUGGCAAAAAAGAUGGUUCGUUUUAAAAAACAAUUGUUUAUAUUAUUUUAAAAAUGAAAAAGAUGAGGAUCAUCCAAAAGUUAUCAUACCUCUAGAAGGUUUAAAGGUUACACUAGUUAGUGAUUUGGUAUUUGAAAUAGAAGACUCAACAGUUGGUACAAUUAAAUCUGUUAAAUUAAAACAAACUGGUCCAAUAGAGGGUCAACAUUCAAAAUAUUUAUUAAAAGCACCAACCAUUGAAGAAUCAAACAAAUGGGUCGAUUCGAUUAGAAAUAAUGUUCUUGGUAGUCCAGUUUUACAAUUAAUUAAAAAAAAGAAAAAAAUUUUAAAUAGACCAUCAGGUAAAGAUCGUAGAAAAAGUGUAGCAAACGAAGCAGAGUCAGCAAAAUCAUACAACAAUAGAGGAAGCGGUGCGUCAACCUCACUACAAACCCAAAACAAUACAGUUUCAUCAUCAUCUUCUUCCCCAUCUACUCAACAACAACAUCAACAACAAAACAAUACAUCUGAUAAUCCAUCAAGUAGAAAAGAAAAUGAUUUUGAAACCAGUGGAAGUAUUAAAAGUGACGAUUAUUUAUCUCAAACAAUUACCGAAACUAGUCAAAGUAAAAAAACAGAAAAUGAUUUUUUAUUUAAUUAAUAUAAAAUAAAUCUAUUUAAUUUUUUU